AUUUUUUCUAAAGUCAUAUUUCUCCGGAACCCGCGACUUUACAGUAGAUCCUCCCUGAAAUUCCAGAUCUCAUACAUUCUCGGCUUCGUCUCAGCAAUGUCGAUGGAUUCCGAAGAUCCGAUGGACGAAACUUCACCGGUCACCGGACUUCUCCCACUGGCGUCGGCUUCACAACAGCCUUACAUCUCCGAACUCCUUUCUUUCACUCUCGACCGUCUUCACAAAGAACCGGAGCUUCUGAGAGUGGAUGCAGAGAGAAUUCGGAGGCAGAUGCAAGAGGUUGCCGUUGGAAACUACCGUGCCUUCAUUUCUGCUGCUGAUGCACUACAUGCGAUUCGGGAAGAAGUUUCUUCUGUUGAUAAGCAUCUUGACUCCUUGAUCAAUGAGAUACCUAAGCUAACUUCAGGUUGCAGUGAGUUCAGCACCUCUGCAGAACAUAUCUUGGAGAAAAGGAAGAUGAAUCAAACAUUGCUUGCAAACCAUAGUACUCUGCUUGACUUGCUUGAAAUUCCUCAGCUAAUGGACACAUGUGUGAGGAAUGGAAACUAUGAUGAAGCUCUUGAUUUAGAAGCAUUUGUUUCCAAGCUUUCAGCAAUGCACCCCAAGUUACCAGUUAUUCAAGCCCUUGCUGCAGAAGUUCGGCAGACCACCCAAUCUCUUCUUUCUCAGCUUCUCCAAAGACUUAGGUCAAACAUUCAGUUGCCGGAAUGCCUCCGUAUCAUUGGAUACUUGCGUCGUAUAGGGGUGUUCAAUGAGUAUGAGAUGCGCUUACAGUUUCUAAGGUGCCGUCAGGCAUGGCUUUCUGGGAUCCUUGAUGACUUGGACCAGAGAAAUGCUUAUGAAUACCUCAAAGGAAUGGUAAAUUGUCAUCGGAUGCAUCUCUUUGAUGUUGUUAACCAGUACCGUGCAAUAUUUGCUGAUGAUACUUCCGGGAGGGAAGAAAACUAUGAUGGUGGGCUUCUCUUGCAUCAAAUUUCUUCCCACCUUAGAACUCUAAAGAUGAUGCUACCGAAGAUCACUGAAGGAGGUUCUUUAUCAAACAUUCUUGAUCAAUGCAUGUAUUGUGCUAUGGGACUUGGUUGGGUUGGAUUGGACUUCCGUGGCUUGCUUCCCCCUCUUUUUGAAGAGGCGGUCCUUAAUCUGUUUUCGAAGAACAUGAAUGCAGCUGUUGAGAAUUUCCAGUUGGUCCUCGAUUCUCAUCGGUGGGUUCCAUUACCAGCAGUCGGCUUUCCUACCAGCAGUUUGAGUGAAGAAAGUCAUGAAGAUGUUACUCCUCCCUCAAGUCUAAUGGAGCACCCACCUCUGGCUGUUUUUGUUAAUGGUGUCUCUGCGGCAAUGAAUGAGUUACGACCUUGUGCUCCCUUGAGUUUAAAACAUGUGCUUGCACAAGAACUGGCGAAAGGAUUGCAGGCUGUUUCUGAUGCUUUACUGAGAUAUAACACUACUCGCAUGCUUCGAGAAAAUGAGUCUCUGCUUUUCCUAUCACUAUGUCGAGCAUUUAUUGAGGUUGCUUUCCCACACUGUGUUACUUGUUUUGGUCGUUGUUAUCCUGGUGGAGCUAGUCUUAUAGCCGAUGCCACAACUCAAUUCGACGGAAUUAGCCGAUUAUUGGCAACCUCUUCCUCUAGAGAACUUCCAAAACCAGUUCGUAAUCCAGAGGCCAAUAGUAUAUCAGAAAAUGGCGACGUACCUAAGAAGGAAAAUGGGGAAAUUCCUAGUACUGAACAACCCGAGAGUACGAAUGCAGAAGAGGAACCCAAUAAUGUCCCCUCAGAAAACGAGGAGAAGCCUGGUAAUGUGUCAUCAUGAUGUGAAGAGCAUAUGCUUUUAGAAUGUCAGUUUAUAUAUACUGCAUUUUCUGAUGAAGUACUAAAAAAACUCAGAAAUAUGCUUGUUUUUCCUGCUUCAAAUCCAGGGAGUAACAUUUUCAACCAA